AUGGUGCAGCACAUGGACCACGGCGAGACAGACGGGAGCAUGUCCAGAGAGGCCACCGACUCGGAGGAGAGUGAGUUCAUGGCAUGCAGCCCUGUGGCAAUCAAUCCCAACUGGUGCAAGACGGCCAACGGACACAUCAAAAGACCCAUGAACGCCUUUAUGGUCUGGUCUAAGAUUGAACGGAGAAAGAUAAUGGAGCAGUCACCUGAUAUGCACAACGCGGAGAUUUCCAAGCGGCUGGGAAAGCGAUGGAAGAUGCUUAAGGACACCGAAAAAAUCCCGUUUAUCCGUGAGGCGGAGAGGCUACGGUUAAAACACAUGGCAGAUUAUCCAGACUAUAAAUACAGACCCAAGAAGAAGCCGAAACAGGAAAACUCCAAGAGUUUGGCUCCCUCUCCAGAGAAGUGCGGCAAACUGUCUAAGGUCAAUAUCAAGAAGUGCGCAAAACUUAAAAGUAGUAAGGGCCCAAGUAAGCAUUCGCACGGAUACGAUGACUGUGUGUUCCCCACUUACAAAGUUCAAGUGAAAAGUGAACCCUCAGACGAAGAGGAUGAAGACUCCGAGGAUGAGUAUUACGCGCGCGAAGAAGAGCGCACUAAACCUUACCAUGUUGCCAAAGUACCCGCGAGCCCAACUUUAAGCUCGUCAGCGGAGUCCGAGGGCACAAGCAUGUACGAAGAGGUACGGAGCAGCGGCAGCAGACUGUUUUAUAACAUCAAGAAUAUCACCAAGCAGCAGCACGCGCCCUCCAGGUCUGCGUCUACCUCCUCUUCUUCCUCUUUCUCCUCUUCUUCCUCAUCCUCCUCUGCGGGGGAUAGGGAUGAGCUGCUCUUUGACUUAUGCUUGGGCUCAGGCUCUGAGCUGGGGAACCCCAAUUCAGGAAACCUCUCCCUGUCUCUGGUGGAUAAGGACUUAGACUCGUACAGCGAGGGCAGCAUGGGCUCGCAUUUCGAGUUCCCCGAUUAUUGCACCCCGGAACUGAGUGAAAUGAUCGCAGGGGACUGGUUAGAGACAAACUUUUCUGACUUGGUGUUCACAUACUAA